GAAUGUCCUCAGAGGGACGGACGACGAGGAGGCUCUCUAUGGCGCUGUUAUUGGUACUGGUCGGUACGCUCAGCCCGAGGGUGGUAUCAUUGCGAAGGGCGAUAAUAAGACAACAACAGCAGUGGUGACCUCUCGCCAACGGAGGAAGAGCUCACCUCAGAGAUCUACGGAUGUCGCAGCGACGCAAUCGGUAGAGUCGGGUCUUGCUCUAGAUGAAGGCGUCAUUGAAGCAGUGUUGGCUUCCCUCCAGGGACUUUAUGUUGAUAAAAAAGGGAAGCAGUACCUCAUUGAAGGGAAAGACUCUUUUGCGAUUGACGCCGAGACUGGGGCGAAGGGCGUGUCGAAGCCCUUGGUCGUUACUACCAAGACAGGGGAUUCUGACACAGUGAUAGUGAAAUGGGGUACCUCUGGGUUGUAUUCGUUUGAAUAUCCGUC